AUGGUGAUCAAUGCCGAUGUGCCCUCCGCCGACUCGCCUGACGAAGACUCGCUUGUCAAAGCCACCACCGGCAAGUCGUAUGCUGUCGAUCAGUUGUAUCUCUUCGAGGCCGCUGGUCACCUCAUCUAUCUCACCAAAUCAGAACCAGGCAAACAGAUACCGCUUUUGGAGACAAUCGCUGGACCUUUGAUGAGCGGAAUGGCCUCUGGAGUGGAGCGAUGUAGGGCAGAUUCGAAAGAUCUUCAAGCGGUACUUCAAGUUCACCAUCACCUCAUGGCACUUGGUCAUUUGGCCAAAGGCUUCCCCAUGGUGUCUGAUAGUCAGGUGGAAAAAUUGCCUUAUACUCCAGCCUUCAAGCAGAUGACAGAAGCGUUAUUGCAAGCCUUGGAUGCUGUGAAGACGCAAAGAGUGGUUAGGGAUGCAGCCCGAUUUGCUUUUGCUCAAUUCGUCAACGCCAUUGGUUCGACAGUUGCCGAGUUGGUCCCAAGAUUCGUCUCUGUGGUGGUCACCGAGUACGAACCUUCGGAGCUGGUCGAUUUUAUGCUGUUCUUGGGAUUAUUAAUGCAUCGAUUAAAGAAAAAUACCUUCGAGACUAUGGAUAUGCUCCUUCUCCCUCUUCUCUCUCGAAUCUUCGCAAUCCUGCAACAACCGAUCACUGGCACCGACGAAGCACAAAUUCAUGCUCGACUCAAAGACGCUUACCUCACAUUCUUCACUGCACUCAUGAAUGCAAACCUCGACGGAGUUUUCAUCACCGAACGAAACAAGCCGGAAUUCGAGAACCUUCUCACCACUCUUCUGGGUUUGACCCAAGACUGCUCCGACCCCGGCUCCCAACGAUUCGCCUUUGGUUUCUUCGCUCGAAGUGUGAUCGCCUGGGGUACUUCUCCCGAAGCAGCAGCUCAGCCCUCAGAUCGAGCGAAGCAAGCUUUACCAGGUUAUGAAAAUUUCAUCUAUCAAAGAUUGGUACCCGCUUGUUUCGAAGUUCCAGCGAGGAAGGAGUUCAAUAUCAGAAGUAGCACUUUGACCCUCUUUGAAAUGGCAGCGUUGGUCCGAAGCACCGCUCAAGCCCGAGGUCAGGAAGCAAUCAACUUCUUACUCAAUGAUCUCUUUCCUCGAUUGAACUGUCCUCCCGAUAUCGCCAACCAAUUUGUCGAUAGGUUGAGAACCCAACAAGCCAAAGAUUUCCGAAAGACCUAUACCGAAUUUGUGAAAGCUAUGAGGGGUUAG